AUUACUACCAAUAUCAUAAUUGUAUAUUAUUUACAUUAUAGAUACAAGAAACUGUUGGUAUCAAUUUUUUUUAUUGUGACAUACAUAAAUGAUGUUAAACUUCUAACUUUACAAUUUUUACAAGAAAAUGGUACGAAGACAACGCGAUCAGAGUACCACGGAGGACGAAAUAGUCAUCGAUGCUUCCCCUCAAAAGAAACUUAAACGUCAUAAACAUAAAAAACACAAAAAACGUAAGUUCGACAACGAUUAUGAUAGUGAUAGUUCAAUUGAUGUCGCCUAUGAGGAGGGUUUAGAUAAAUCUUUUAAAAUGAAGUCCAAAAAAGAGCUCCCAAGUACUUCUGCGGCCGACCUUCUAAAGGCUCAAACUGUAAAGUCAUCUUCGGAUUCGCGAAAGUCAAUGCCAGGAUCAUCAUCAAGCACUCCACCAAAAAUUUCCUCAAAAAAGAAGAAAACAAAAGGCCGUGACAGUGGAACUUCAAGUGAAGAGGAAAGAUGGCUUGAUGCAAUAAAAUCUGGAAAACUUGAAGAGGUUGAUGAGGAAUUAAAAAAAAUUAAACCUAAAGAUCCUAAAAUGAUGACUGCAAGACAAAGAGCCAUGUAUGAACGAGGCACCGAUAAAGAGACAAGUCCUGGUAGAGAGGUACUGCUUGCUCUACCAUCAGGCUAUAAAGAAAAAGUUAUGACAGCUGAAGCCAUACAAAAAGCUGCAUUGAAAUCACAGAAACGAAAACAACUAGCUGAUGAAAAGAGGGAAAAAGAUAAAAAGAAAACUAUGGACCGUCUUCUUAAGAAACAAGAAUCUAAAAACCUCAAGAAUGCCCAAAGAGGGAAACCAGUCAGGAAAUGGGAACCUAUGAUAGUGUACAAAAAUAGGGAUAAUGAAAUAUCUCUAUCUCUUCCACCAGAUAUACAAUUCCCUUUAGAGAACAAACCACCAAUAGAUGCACCAAAGCCAACGUUGUGUGGUGUUGAAGGAUGUAAUCAAAUAAAAAAAUACAACUGUUCCAAAACAGAUGUACCGUUAUGUAGUCUAGAAUGUUACAAAAAAAAUUUACUUAUAAAUGAACAUCAAUAAAGUAAUAAAAUAA